AUAUAAUAUAAUUUCUGUUUUGGGUUUUUGUACAUUUCUAUUUCUUCAGAGUUUUUAUUCACUCUGCUCACAGACUAGGAUUUCUUGAAAGUUGAGCCAAUUUUCUACCCUGAAUUUUGGCGGGAUUUUUGUAGAGUUUAAGGUUUGGCUCUCUUUCCAAACGUACCUUCUCCUAAUCAUUUGACGUUUCAUUUGGAAUUGGGCCGUAAAAAGAAACAAUGGGUUUGCAUUGAAUUUGCCUCAUAUGAGCCAACAAAAACUUGGGUUCUAGAGACAUUUAUCCAAGCACGAAGCUUUAACUUUUUAUAAUACUAUAUUCUAACAAUUUUCGUCUUAAUUUUAUUGCAGGGAAUUAAUUUUCCAUACUGGGAUUGAUACUUGAAGCUUUUUUUGCCUGCAAAUUCUUGUUUUUUCAUAAGGUAUAAAGUUAUAGUUAGGAAAGAAAGAAAAAAGAGGAGAGUAAAAUGGGGUCAAAUUUCGUGGAUGAAAUAGAUUGCGGCAGCUUCUUUGACCAAAUUGAUGACUUGAUUGAGUUUCCGUCAGAGAAUGAGUGCGGUGGCCUUAGUUCAACGGAUUGCAAGGAAUUCCCAAGCAUAUGGGAUCAGCCCUUACCGGAUUCCGACCCUCUUUUCUCCGGCAGCUACAACAAUUCACCUUCCGACCUGUCGGCCGAGCUCUCUGUUCCUUAUGAGGAUAUUGUACAACUUGAAUGGCUCUCAACAUUUGUGGAGGAUUCCUUCUCGGGCAGAGGCUUGACCCUUGGGAAAGAAAAUGCUCCCAUCAACAAGGAGACAUCCCACAGCAAAUUCCAGUCUUCGAGUCCUGUCUCUGUGCUCGAGAGCAGCAGCAGUAGCUCCUCCUCUUCCUGCUCAGGCGGGAAAACCUUUCCUCUCAGUCCAUGUCACCGUGGUCCACAACGUGCUAGGAGCAAGCGUCCUCGCCCGCCAACUUUCAAUCCUCGGCCAGCGAUUCAACUUAUCUCUCCGACAUUAGUCUUCAUUGAGAAUCCCCGGCCAUUUGCUGCUCCUGUAACUUCUUCACAAUCCGAAAACUUGGCAGAGUCUCCAAUGAAGAAAAUCAAAUUUACGAUCCCUCUAGCUCCAAUCGAGACAAUUCACAACUCCACCGCACACGCAGUUAGAAGAUGCAUGCAUUGCGAGAUAACCAAGACACCUCAAUGGAGAGCAGGUCCAAUGGGACCGAAGACCCUCUGCAACGCUUGUGGCGUUCGCUACAAGUCAGGAAGGCUCUUCCCUGAGUACCGGCCUGCUGCAAGCCCUACAUUCGUUCCAUCCAUGCAUUCCAAUUCUCACAAGAAGGUUCUUGAAAUGAGAACCAAGGACAUUCCCGAGAACAACGCCACUGCCAGCAACAACCAUCCAACAGGAGUUCAAUCCGAGUAGCACAUCCUCAGUGGAGGAGUAGAUGUAAAGGGAAGGGAAAAAGGAAGCAGAGAAUAGCUUUACCUAGUCAUAGUCUUUUUUGUGUCCUCUCUGCAUUUCUCAUUUCAGUUAAUGUUAUUUGCUUGCUGUUUUUUCGUUGGUUCUUUGUACAGAGAUGUAAUGGGGGGAAUUAGACGAUCAUAUUUUAGGUGGUAGAGAGAGGGGAAUGAUGAGAAGAGAGGGCACUGAAAGGGGUUAAGAGUGGAGUUUAGGGCUGGAGUAUAGCUUUAGCGUCAUUUUAGGUCCUUUUGAAGUUCAAAAUAGGCGUGGGGUUGGUUUUGAUCUCUUUAUUAGACUUUUGUCCUUAAUUUCUCAUCAUUUGGAUGGGAAUUCUUUUUGUAGUGAGUUUGUUAUUAGGUGAUUCUGAAAUGAGUAAUACUUUGGAUUAUGUCUUGA